AAAAAACAACAAUUAGAAGUCUCCCCCUCAAAUCUAUCCCGUGACUCCGUAUUAAAAAAGGUGGGUAAGAGAGAGAAGAGGAAAAAGGUGAUGAUGAACACCGGGAGCAGCAUUGGAGGUGGCGGCGGAGGAAGAACAUCAUGGGCGUCGACGACGUCGGGAUCAGUGAAGAGAAUACAAAAGGAAUUGAAAGAGUUGGAAUCCCAUCCUCCUCCUCUCUCCUCCGCCGGCCCCAUCGCCGACAGCCUUCACCACUGGCUGGCCACCUUCCUCGGCCCUCCUGGGACACCUUAUGAAGGCGGUAUAUUUUUCCUCGACAUUCUGUUUCCCAAUGAUUACCCAUUUAAACCUCCCAAGGUGAUGUUUAAAACAAGAAUUUAUCACUGUAAUGUCGAUUCUUCCGGCAACGUUAAUCUGGACAUUUUGAAGGAUGGCUGGAGUCCAGCCCUAACUAUCUCCAAGCUCCUACUUGCUGUUAGAUCCUUAUUCCUCACCCCUAACCCAUACAAUGCUCUGGUGCCUUCCAUUGCACACUUAUACCAGGUUGAUAGGAAAAGGCAUGAUGAACUUGCUGCUGAAUGGACGCAUCGGUUUGCAAAAUAAAAGGAGCAAUGAAAGAUUAAAGAUUUGGGAUAUCUUGGAACUUACUUCCUUUGUACGUAUGUUAGCUAAUUCUAGAGGUUUGUACAAUUGUAGCAACAACUAGUCGAAGGUUUCUAAAAACAUGUUGUUACUCAUGUUUGUCCGUUUGGGUUGAACUUAGGGCUUGUUUUGAUUUAUUGAGCUGAAUUGAACUGAUUGGAGUUGAACUGAAUAGUGCUGAAAUGAAUUGUUUAUGAUAAGAAAAUUAAAAACUGAA